UUCUUCUCUCUCUCACACACACAUACACAUCAAACUUCAAGGAAUAGACGAUGUCGAACACCGAGCAGCAGAACGGCAGCGGCGGCGGCGGAGAGGAGAAGAAGGGCGAGUCAUCGGGCCGUCAAGUCACCAUGGAGGAGCUGGGACAGCAUGGUAGUCAGGGUGAUCUGUGGUUGCUCGUUGAUGGCAAGGUGUACGACGUCACAAAGUUCAUGGAUGAGCAUCCUGGCGGAGACGAAGUCCUCACAGCAGAAGCGGGCAAGGACGCUACAGAGGCAUUCGAGGAUGUAGGCCACUCGGACGAUGCUCGAUCCUUGCUUCCUGGCAUGUUGGUGGGCAGUAUCGAAGGCGGGGUCGAGAAGGCAAAGAAGACUGCCAGUUCGGCGAAUCAGACGAUUCAGAAGAAUGGAAACCCGGCCCUCAUGUUCAUCCCCCUCGCACUCCUCGGCGCCUGGUUUGCCUACAAGCACAUGCAGCAGUAGGCCGUUGCAAAUUGUUACCCUCGACCUACCAGAGCUCUGUGUGUGUAAGCGUAAUUACGCCUCCCCCGCCUAGCCUCGCAUCCGGUAGCGG